AUGGAGCCCAGGGUCCUCCGGUUCCUGUUGCUCUUGCUCCUUGGGACAACACAGUGUUUCGCUUGGCAGAAUGAGAGACCCGUUUUGGAGUCCAUCGAUGGGCAUCUAAUAAUAUGGAGCGCGCAUGAUAAAAAUGUCACCAUAAAAACUCGCGGGAAGGGAUUUCUAACAGUGAACGAUGUCAAUCUUGUGGACUCUGCCCAUGCGGCGGCUCAUGCAGCUAGAUAUGUUGAAAAUUGGAAGAGUGGACCAUGGCUAGACUUACAAACACGAGUAGAUAGACUGGCCCACACUGUUGAGGGUCCUGACGGACUGAUAAGGAGAUUGGAGUCAGGAUCGUGGAGAAAUACUGGUGGAAACGCAUCGAGUUCACGUCCCGCUGAACAUGGGGAUUGGGAAUUGAGUCUAACUACGCGGGUUGAAAACUUAGAGGAUACAGUUAAGAAACUGCGGAAGAAAUUGCGGACGAACAAAUGUUCCAGCAACCCUUGUCUGAAUGGAGGGACGUGUAUCAGGGUUUACGAUGGAUAUCAGUGUCUUUGCCCGUCAAAUUGGCAGGGUUCCUCUUGUGGACUCGACGUCAACGAGUGCGCAAUCUACGCAGGAACCGAUUUAGGAUGUCAGAAUGGAGCAACUUGUGUCAAUACACUUGGUUCUUACAGCUGUUCAUGUGCAAAAGGAUGGUUCGGUGUUCACUGCGCUUCCAGAACAUCCGCCUGCAGUUCAGCAGACUCGCGAGAGCUGUGCGGUAACGGUGUGUGCGUCGAUCAGAAAGGAACACCUCUUGGCUACACUUGCCUUUGUGAUCAGGGUUGGAAAGCGGAGGGCACAAAUCCGGCCUGCAUAGUCGAUGUGGACGAGUGCGCCGGGAAGCACCCUGUCUGCUCUGUGGACCCUGAAGUUGAAUGUAUUAAUCUGAGAGGGAGCUUCCACUGCGGCAAUUGCCCACCUGGAUUCUCCGGCAAUGGAUACUUUUGCCGGGACAUCGAUGAGUGUCUCGUUGAUAAUGGCGGAUGUAGCACAAUGCCGAAAGUUCAUUGCAGAAAUGUGCCGGGAUCGCGAAUUUGUGGUCCAUGUCCUCCAGGAUACUCGGGCAACGGCGAAACAUGCACUUACAUUGGCACAUGUAGAAUCAACAAUGGAGGCUGUCACCCGCUGGCAGCCUGCGUAGAAACUACGAAUUCCGUUGUACAGUGUCGCUGUCCAGCGGGUUACGCAGGAGACGGGAUAGGUCCCAACGGUUGCGCCACAUCAACCAUUUCUACCAACCCCUGCGCGGGGAAUCCCUGCAUUCACGGGACCUGCGUUCCUCAUGGGCACAGCAUGAUCUGCCACUGCGAACCAGGAUUUUCCGGUGCCCUUUGUAAUGUUGCGGUGAAUCCUUGUCUCCCCAAUCCCUGCAAAAACAAUGGCAUUUGCUCUAGGGCUUUUGAUAAUACUUUUACUUGUGAGUGCACAGCGGCCUAUAAGGGACCUAGGUGUGAAACCGCCAAGAGCAACUGUGGUGGAUACAUCAGAGACCUUGCUGGAACCUUGUCGUAUCCUCCUGAUGGUGGACGUGAUCCUAAUGUGAAAUCAUGCGCUUUCAUUUUUUCGACCAAUCACAGUCUGGUCUUGAAUGUCACUUUCACGAGAUUUAAGUUGGGAAGCACACCGGCAUGUCGCGUUAAUUUCCUACAGCUCCACGACGGCGUAAGCACAGCGGACCACUUCAUCGGUAGAUUCUGUGGCGAUAAACUCCCCCGCGACGGGAACAUCAUCUCGACCCACAACAGCCUGUACAUGUGGCUGAACGUCCACGGUACAGAGGCAAACGAGGGCUUCACCCUCCACUGGAACAGUAUACCCCCGGUGUGCGGUGGUUACCUAACAUCAGAUUUCGGAACAAUCAGUUCCCCAGGUACUCCAGGAAAAUACCCCCUGAACAGAAACUGCUCUUGGGAGAUCGUCGUGACUCCAGGGCGUAGAAUCCAGUUCCAUUUCUUCACCCUCCAGAUCGAGGAACACCCAGCAUGCGGCAAGGAUUAUCUACAGAUCAACGAAACAAUAGGAGAUCGGGAGAUUCAGUUGCAGCGCUACUGCGGUCACACACAACCGGUUCCUCUCCUGACUUCCGGAUCGACAGCGAUCUUGUACUUCCACUCGGACGGUGACACCCAAGACCAGGGCUUCCAACUCAGCUACAGCACCGUCGAGGGUUCCCCCGGUUGCGGUGGUGUUCACACGGCCCCUCAGGGCACCAUCUCCUCCCCAACAGUGCAGGGAGCCUACGAGUCCGGACUCUAUUGCACAUGGAAGAUCCAGCUGCCAGAAGGCGAGAGGAUCCGCCUGACCUGGCAGGAGCUCGACGUAGAGGACCACAGAUAUUGCUACUACGACUUCGUUAAAAUCUACGAAGGUCCCGAUGAAGAAUCCCCGGAAGUCGGAACCUACUGUGGAACAGAUCUACCCGCUCCUAGGACCCUGAACACCAGCGUAGCGAUAGUAGUCUUCAGCACCGAUAACAGCUUCCACGGAAAGGGUUUCAGCAUCAAAUACGACACCCACUGCGGCGGAGAGUUCCACGAGUCUUCCGGAGUUUUGACAUCCCCUUACUAUCCGAUGAAGUAUCCCGGUGAAAAAACCUGUCAUUACGAAAUCAUACAGCCCGCGGAGAAGAGUAUUAUCCUUCAAAUCAUCGACCUGGAUAUAGAGGGACACUGGCACAGUGGCUGUUACUUCGAUCACUUGGACAUCUACGACGGGGACAAUGAGAACUCCACGAAGCUCGCGGAACUCUGCGGGGGAGAGGAGAAGAUCCCUGAAGAUCCGUUCUACUCAUCCUACAAUGUCAUGUACAUUCAGUUCCAAACUGACAGCAGUUACUCAUACCGCGGGUUCAAGGCGAACUAUUCUACCAUCGACAGAAGGUGCGGAGGUCUCCUGAAGACCAGUCCUGGGAGUAUUGUGAGCCCCGGGGCGGGUGAGGGAUAUUCUAACGAGGAAGAAUGUUCCUGGACUAUCCAGGCACCACCUGGACACGUCAUUCAGCUCUCGUGGACCGCGUGGAGCUUGGAGACGCAUUUCCGCUGCAGGCACGAUUAUGUUGAGAUCAAGGAAGAGUACAACGGGGAGGACCUGUUGAUCGGCAAGUAUUGCGGGAAGACGAAGCCGCCUGAAGUCAUCACCCUGGGCAGCAUCAUGAACAUAGUCUUCAAGAGCGAUGAGACUGUUACCUCCGAGGGUUUCGUUGGGGAGUACAGAUUUGUCGACACUUCGAGGUCGUGUGGAGGCCGGUAUUUCAGCUCCAAUGGCGCCAUCACGAGCCCCGCGUGGCCUCGAAGAUACCCGAGUGAGAGGGAAUGCAUUUGGGUAAUCGAAGCGCCAACCAGAAUGCAAAUUAGGCUGUCGAUUGAUUCUUUCGAGGUGGAGUCAUCAGACAGCUGUCGGUACGAUUACUUGGAGAUAAGGAACGGCGCUCACGCAACAUCUCCAUUGAUCGGAAAAUACUGCGGGGAGACUAUACCCUCAGUCAUCCAGAGUUUCACGAAUUAUCUUUACCUGCGAUUCAAAUCAGACGAGUCCCUGAAUACAGCGGGAUUCAGAAUCGAGUGGGACGCGACACAACGCGGAUGCGGAGGAACAUUGACCGGAAGUUCCGGGGACAUCAUGUCCCCGAACUACCCAGCGCCGUACGCAGCCUUCUCCUUCUGCACCUGGAACAUCGCUGUUACGAGAGGAAAUCAUCUACAGAUCAUUCUCGUUGAUGUGGACUUCAGAGAAGAUACCACAUGUUCAGGAGAUUACCUAGAAAUCUCGGAAGGCAUCAAUGGCAUUGUCAAGAGCAAGGAGAAAUACUGCAGAUCUGAUAACCAAUUACCAAUAGAAUUGAACUCGAAUGUCGCCACUGUGCAUUUCCGCAGCGCUUUCGGAAACGGAGGACACGGUUUUCACAUUAAAUAUAACACUCUUUGCCAGAAUAAACUGCACGCUCACAGCGGAGUCAUCGAGUCUCCCAAUUUCCCUAACAGCUAUCCACCCAAUUCCAACUGUACUUGGAUCAUUGAUGCACCGAUAGGGAACAAGAUCAACAUAUCGUUCUCGCAUUUCGAUCUUGAGCCUGGAAAUCCUUACACCGAAAAUCCCUGUGUUUUCGAUUACCUAAACAUCAAGGAAGGCUCGUAUGACACACCCAGCACAGAACUCGGACAUUUCUGUCCCACAGAGGGUCAUACCCUUCCGCCGAAGAUCGUAUCAACGGAAAAUCAAGUCUUCAUCAAUUUCCGGACUGAUAGUGACUCACAUUACGGUGGUUUCAGGCUCGAGUGGAUCGUCAACGGAUGUGGCGGACACAUCAGAAAGCAGAAGGGCACUGUCACCUCCCCGGGAUACCCGAAGAGGUACCCCACCAAUGUUGACUGCGAGUGGAUCAUCGAAGUCGAUUAUGGAUACAGUGUCCAAAUCAAUUUUACAGACGUCGACACCGAGAAGGAGAGUACUUGCAUCAUGGACAGAAUCGAGGUGUUCGGAGGGGAGAACGAGGAAGCCCCGAAACUGGGAGAGUUCUGCCAUUCUAAGAGCCCGAUCCUCUUCGUGAGUCCCAUCAACAAGAUGUUCAUCAAGCUGCAUUCGGACUGGAGUCACGCCGGUAGAGGGUUCACUGCGGACUUCAGUCAAGUUCAAUCGAUGUGCGGGGGUCGUUUUAAGGCUGCUCAGGGCGCCAUUCACUCGUCGAAUUACCCGAUGAACUAUCCGGUCAACCAGAAUUGCGAGUGGUUGAUUGAAGUCGACAAACAUCAUCUUGUCAAUCUCACAUUCGUCGAUGUCGAUCUUGAGGGAAGUAUCGAAUGCACUAUGGAUUACAUUAAAGUGUUCGACGGACCGACCAGAGAGCACGCGCUUCUGAAGACUUUCUGCGGAAAGCAGAUUCCGUUACCCAUUAUCUCAUCCGGUGAUAGCCUUCUGGUAGUUAUGAGAAGCGACCCAGCUCAGACGGCUAAGGGGUUCCGAGCGGAUUUCACGCGAGCUUGCGGCGCUCGCAUCGUCACAAACGGAACCGGAUUCUUGACAACAGCUUCUGAUCUGCAUUUGCAGCAUGAUCUGGGUCACAACUGCAGUUGGAUCAUCGCGGCUGAGGAUCUUGCUGAUCACAUCACUCUGACUAUCUCUCAUAUGGACAUGAAUUGCCGAUGGGGGUCGUGCGACGAUAACUGCUCUAGUCAUUAUCUGGAAGUUUAUGAGGGAGAAGGCACGGAGGGACCGCUCAAAGGGCACUGGUGCGAGUCGAAGGCUCCUCCGCCGAUUGUCAGCAAUGGAAAUGCACUUACUGUACAUCUUGUCACGUAUUACUAUGUCGAUGUGUCAUUUAGCGCAACUUAUUCGGCCUUAAAUUCAGCCUGCGGAGGUGAUUACUAUGCGGAAUCAGGCACUCUAGCCUCUCCCGGGUACCCCGACAACUACAUCAUGAACGCCGAAUGUGAAUGGACUCUGCACACAGCCCCCGGAAACGGCAUCACCUUAAUCUUUUCGAAAUUCAGUAUUGAGCACAGUGAGAAUUGCGACAGAGACUAUCUGGAAAUCAGGGAGCAAUCGGCAAUGGGAAAGAUCAUCGGUAUUUACUGUGGCUCUCAGAUAGAAACCAUAGAAUCCAAAGAAGCAAUCUGGAUGAAGUUCAGAAGUGAUGGAGUCGGUACAGAGGAGGGAUUCGUGGCUGAGUACACGUUUAAUCAUGGCUCCGAGCUUACUGGUUCCUCCGGUGUUAUCGCAUCUCCUCUAUACCCUCAUCCCUUCACCAAAAGUGAAGAGGUCACCUGGAGAGUUACCGUCCAACAUGGUUUCUCGAUCAAAGUCGAGUUUGAUGCUUUCAAUGUUGAUAGCUUUGGUGAAGACUCGUGUGAUUACUACGACGGCGGACUCCAGAUUUUCGAUGGCUACGAUCGUGACGCACAACGCCUCCAUAACUUCUGUGGAGCCAUCCUUCCUGAACCUUUUCAAACUACUAGCAAUGUUAUGUUCAUUGCUUUCCAAGGGGAUAGAAGAAGAUUGGGAAAUUGGUUCAAACUUCGUUAUUAUGAAGUUCCGAGGAUCAUAAACACGGGCCCCAAUGAGAUCGUUCAGUUAUCCGACUGCAACGAGGAGAUAGCUCUCACCAGCAAGGACAACUCUUCGUACAUCAUCACCUCCCCAGGCUAUCCAAAUGGUUACGACCGCAUGUUACACUGUAACUGGCUCAUCACAUCCCCCCCUGGAACUCACCUGGUCCUGAGGUUCAAAGACCUCAACCUCGAAGAGACCGACGGCUGCGUAGGCGAUCGUAUCUCAGUGUUCUCGGGGAUGGCACUACCCCGUGAGCCCCCUCCAGAAGCCCAACUCCUCGGGAAAUACUGCCUGAGCAACGAGUCCAUGUCAAUCGUAGAAAGCCCCACCAAUACCAUGACCGUCAAAUUCGAGUCCGACUCCUACCUCAAUAGGACCGGCUUCAAAGCCGAAGUGACGCGCAUUUGUGGUGGUCAACUGGGUGGUCCCAACGGUGUAAUCCACUUCAACGAGACUACCAAAGGUACAACCUGGGGCUGGCGAUACAUGUGUGAGUGGAAUGUCACAGUCGGACGUGGAAAAACGAUAGAAGUGACCAUCAACUUCAUAGAAGUCCCAAAGACAACCGAGAAAGGCUGCGGAGACCACUACGUUCUCCUGAAGAACGGCCAAGAGCCAGGCUCUCCCUUCCUCGGCGACGGAAAAUACUGCAGCUCCGACGUUGUUGAGCCCCUGACGACCACCAGUAACAAACUCUACGUGAAAGUUGCUGCUGUUGGUGCUCAGGGAGUCUACAAAAUAUCUUACCGCGAAGUUGGUGUCGAGUGUGGAGGCACUUUCGAAUUGAUAGAAGGUGUCAAUGAGCAGCAGUUUAUGACACCACGGUAUCCAAACGUUCCACCGCCUUACACCGAGUGCCUGUGGACGUUCAUGGCACCAGCUGGUCAGAGAUUAUCUCUCCACUUCAUCGAACGCUUCGACCUGACAUUCAGUCUCGAAUGCCAGAAGGAGUACGUCGAAGUGAGGGACGGUGGAACAGAUAAUGCACAGCUGCUGGGUGCCUACUGCGGUAGCAAGGCCCCAAGCACCAUUUCCAGCUCUGGAAAUAUGCUCUACGUCAAGUACUACACAGACAUGAACAUCCCCGGAAACGGCUUCAAAGCUCUAGUGACGAACGACGAGGUCUGCGGAGGAGUCAUCAGAGCGUCAUCGGGUGUAGUCUCAUCUCCGAACUAUCCAAACCCAUACCCCAAGGGCAAACAGUGUGUCUGGUGGAUCAUCGGGCCCGAGCAUCACUCCCUCAAAUUCCAAUUCACGGAUUUCCACCUCCCCGGCUGGAGGAACUGCAAUGACACAGAUCACCUGGCCAUCAUCGAGAAGAUGCCCAAUAAUGAGACACUGAGUGAGCCCCAGACCUUCUGCGGAAUGAGGAGCCGACCUGACACCAUCGAAACAUCAUCCAACGAGGCAAUCAUAACUCUGCACACAAACGGUAAAAUCGUGGGGAGCUACCGAGGUUUUCGUCUCAAUUUCUCCGCAACCAUAGGCGAAUGCGGGGGUGAACUCAACACUAUGGAGGGCACAUUCCACUCGUCCGGAUAUCCAAUUCCGCGGCUCUCCGCGACGUACUGCUCGUGGAAGAUAACAGUGGCCGCAGGUGAUCAAGUGAAGCUUGAAAUCCUCGAUCUGGACAUCGACUUUCAGGGCCCCGACGUCUACGGCGUGAGAUUCUACAACGAUCAUCGGUUCACAUCGCGCAUCGGAAUGGCGAACACACCGAAUUAUGAGAGAGUAGUCUACAGUUCAUCGAACUUGAUGCUGGUGACGUUCUUUGCGGAGCCAGGAUACAGGGGAUUGAGCGCGAAAUUUAGUUCUGAGCCUUCAGCGCCUUGCGGGGGGUUGAUCAGGGAUGCCAGUGGUUCUUUAUCAAUUCCAAGUGCUGAACCCUACAGAAGUAGACCGUUCUUCUGUCCGUGGACGCUCGUCGCCCCAAUCAGUAUGAUCACAUUCAACACGCCGGUGGAAGUUACUCUAGCCGUCACCAUCACUGGCUCCCUGGGGAAAUUCGGCCGACAGUACAGACGGUGUGCUGCAAGAUCGAAGAACGUAGUGUUGAGAGAUGUCUCUGAUAAAGUCAUUGGUGCUGUCUGCGGGAAUGUAACACAAGAACCUUUCGUGAUGCGAAGUCGAUCCCCCAUAAAUCUCCUUCAGAUUAUGAAUGGCACUAUGGGAGGCCCCAUAAGUGUCGACGUGAAGUAUCAGUGGAACCGCUGCGGUGGUGCUCUGACUGGUCCGUCGCACAGAAUCACAACCCCAGCGAACGUGUCCUUCCCGAGGAAUUGCGUGUGGGAGGCGCAGUACCCCGAGGGGCAAGGGAUCCUCAUGCGAUUCAAUAAGAUCAAUCUGGGCGCCUGUGACAAGGGGCACAUAAUCGUGAGGAACGGGGGGCCGCAGUCACCGCAGGCUGGAAAGUACUGCGGCAACAUCAGGCCCGAGAAUUUCACCAGCACAUCCAGUAAAUUGUGGAUAGAGUACUACGCUAGUGAGGCCCCUGGGGACUUCGAGUUCGAGCUCAACACGGUUCCCAAGGCCUGCGGAUCCUCCGGGCUGGACAUUUCCUCACCCGGGUUCCCAAAGACCUAUCCGAACAAUAGCGAAUGCGUCUGGGAGUUUGAUGUGGAGCCGGGGUAUCACAUUGGCCUGUCCUUCAUCGAGAGAUUCAGCCUGGAGACGAGUGCCAACUGCGUCAGUGAUUACGUCGAAGUGUUCGAUCGCGAGAGCAGUAGCGAGAGGGCCUGGAAGUCCUUGGGGAAAGUCUGCGGGAGGAAUACUCCGUCGCCCUUCAACACAACGACGAAUCACAUAAAAGUCGUCUUUCACUCGAACGAAGUGACGGAGAGCGACGGCUUCAAAGCGCACAUCGAUAAAAACUGUGGGGGGGUCUUCAUGGCUUCCAAGUCCGGUCAGACGAUCAUGUCCCCCAGGUAUCCAGCCGGCUACCCUCGUGAUCUCAUCUGCAACUACACCAUCCUCGCUCCCAAAGGACGAAUGGUGAUCGUGGAAUUCGACGAAUUCGAGCUUGAGAAUAUCAGUCCCAGCUGUAACUGGGCGAAUCUCACAAUAACUAAUGAGUACUACUGGAGAAGACAGGAAACCCCUUACUGUGGUAGCAACAAGCCGCCGGUGCAGAUGUCCCCGAAGAAGAUUGAGAUGAUCUUCAGGACUUACGCACGCUUCAACGGACGUGGCUUUGUGUUCAAAUACCUGAUGAACGAGUGCGGGGGAGAGGUGACGGAAGAGGGAGUGAUAUCACCACCGAUGACAAGUGACAGUUCUAAUUACUACGGGGGAUUGAACUGCACUUGGAUCGUAACAGCACCUGCGGACAAGAGCAUCGCCCUGAGGUUCGACACCUUCGAGAUCGAGUACAGCAGCAGAUGUUUCCACGACAAAGUGCGAGUGUACGAGGGGCCUCAGUUGAACGCCACGAAGAUUCUGUCGACCUACUGUGGAAAUCUUACGGAGAAUCUCCCUCUCACUAAAUCCCUGGGCAACAUCAUGACUGUCAGCUUCAUCUCUGACUACUCGAGGCAUUACAAGGGCUUCAAGGCCAGAAUUGUCUUCACCAAGAGCAUUGCCUCGGGCUGCGGGGGGCAGAUCAACCUGACCAGCAGUCACGAUUGGAGGACCCAGCGAGAAGCCUUCUACGAGAACUUCGAGGAGUGCAUGUGGAGCGUGAGCGCCGGCGCUGGGAAAGCCAUCAGGAUGACGUUCAAGAGUUUCGAUAUUCAAAAUACUCCGAACAGAACUGUGCUACCUCAGACAGCUCCCUGCAGCGGGGAUUACCUGGAAGUCAGAGACGGCAGAGGUCCGUACUCGGAAUUGGUGGGGAGAUACUGUGGGAGUGCCCUCCCAGCGGCGAUCUCUUCCUCGAGGAAUCUUCUUUGGAUUCGGUUCUACAGCGAUGGGGAGAACACGGGACGUGGGGCAACAGCCACGCUGGAGGCGUUUGACACCCCCUGUGGAGAGUCCGUUAUCAGAGUUGAGAAUACAACUGUGACGUUGAAAUCCCCUCAUUACCCUGCGGAUUACCCCCUCGGACUCGAGUGCAAGUGGGUCCUGUCGGGAUCUAACGGAAAGGAUCUUCACAUUCAUUUUAAGAAUAUUGAUAUGGAGAAUUCGAACGACUGCGAAGGGGACCACCUUCGGCUGACUGACAGAAGACUGAAUAAACAUAUUGAAGAAGGCUUCGGGGAGGAUUUCUUGAUCAAUGGAAAAGCCGGAUCGCUUUUCAGGCAUUUUAACGAUCACAAACCUGUGGCUACUUACACCUUCUGUGCCAAGGUCGAUUACUACGAUUACUAUGCUGGGGGGAAUGUUGUUGAAGUCGCGUUGAAAUCAAAGAACGAAAACUCUGAGAAGCCGAGGAAGUUCGAGCUGGAGGUCUCCAUCGCGGAUUGCAGGAGAAAUUACACAAGUCCUCAGGGGAGAAUCUUCCAUCAGGGGUUCAACAACUGCUGGACGACGAUCACUGUUCCCCCUGGGAAUACCAUUUCCCUGUACUUUAUGAGCCUCAGAAUUUACGAUCGAUCUGGAUGUCCUAAUAAAUAUAUCAAGGUUUAUGAUGGGGACUUCAGUGCUCCGGUUAUUGGGACGUACUGUGGAAUGCAGCUGCCCGCGCCUAUUUUCAGCACUGGAAAUACGAUUAGUCUCAUGUCGAACUCUCAGAGCGGUACUACGUGGGAGAAUUAUGAUAUCGUUUACACAUCGACGGAUAAGGGGAGAGGUUGCGGAGGGAAAAUCUUCAAUUAUGCGGGGAAAUUGACGUCGCCGAUGUUCCCGAAUAAUUACAGGAAUGAUAGCCGUUGCAUUUGGGAAGUUAGUGUCCCGAGAGGGUCGAAGGUUUUGUUGGACUUUGCGACGUUUGAUCUUGGGUCUGGAGAGAAUUGCGACACGUAUCUAAUGGUUGAGGAGACGAGUGAACAUGGGGCAUCUGCUACUAGAUAUUGCGGAGGGGAACGCCCUGCAAAGUAUAAGAGUCAUACGAACGAAGUGAAGAUAACGUACACUACAACUCUGAAUAAUGGUGGGACUGGAUGGGAGAUCAAUUUCGUUGCUGUUAGAGAAGAUUACGACGACUCGAGUGAUGGACCGACUAUCUGGGGAUACAAACCAUUGAUGAUGAUUGAUUAAUUCGAUCUUUCGAACGUGCUGAAUAAGAUACCGAAAAAAUUAGUGUUUUUUAAAAUUUAAGAUGUAAAUGUGAUAAAUUUCAGUAUGAUUGUUAUGAAUCAUAA